AUGUUCUCAAGCAUUCGUGGGUUUGUAAGUCGUCAUAGACGAAAGUUUAUAGUGGGAGGUAUCAUUGUUGGUGGUGUUGCUUUCAUAAGACAUACAGCACGUAAACUUCGAGAAUGGCAAGAAAAAGAGAUAAAAGAUAUGCUGGAAAGAUCAAAACGAUGGCAAUACUUUCAAUGUACAGAAAGAACAUGCAGUCAGGUUAUAAUGUCCCUCAUAUCAACUUUAAGAGAUUCUAUAAUAAAAAUUUUGGAUACUGAAGUUAUUGUAAAUAAACUUAGAAGUGGUUGCCCUGAUAAAGUAGCAUGUUGGAAUGAGCUGAAAGUUUUAGCAAUUACUAGAUCUGCAGUAAUAGUUUAUUCCUAUGCUAUGUUAGCAACUUUAUUAAGGAUUCAGUUUAAUGUAAUGGGUGGUCAUGCGUACAAGGAUAUUCAGAAUUCUACUGGUACAACUACAGAUAAUGUUACACAGACUAAAUACAUGUCAAUUUCACGUAACUUCAUAUAUGAUGGCAUCAAAGAGUUGAGUUUACUUAUAAAAGAUAAAGUUGCAGAAAUAACAGCUUCAAUAUCUUUGAAAGAUGAAUUGACUUUAAGAGAUAUAGAAGAAAUAUACUGGGCUUUAACAUCUUCUAUGUCUACAGAUAGUUCAAGGGAUCCUUUAAAAAAUCUUGCUGAAUAUAUGCUAAAUCAAACCUCUGAAGAACACAACUCACAUAUACUGUUGAAAUUAGUAGAUGAAACCCUAGAUCUUCUGGAAAGUGAAGAAGUACAAAAUUUGACACAAAGUAAUGUUAGGAAAGGAUUUAGUUUAUUAAUGGAUCGCAUUGCUUUAUUCUUUGAUGGUUUACCUACAAUAGAAAAUAGUAAAGUUACUCAAAAUGGUAUUUCUGUACCAGGAACAUCAAAUCAGAAUAACAUAAAGGAUGAGUCAUGUUUAUUUACUAAUAUUAACAAAGUUUCAAUGCCAAUGGCUAAAAUAAUACCAAUUAUAAAUGGACAAAUACCAGAUAAACAAACAUCAAAAGACUUUCAAAAUGAUUUACUACAAUACCUUGUAACAAAUAGUGAACUUAAAACACUUGGGGCAAAUGUUUAUGAAGCAUUCAGUUUUUAA